AUGAAAUUGGCACUUGCCCAUGUCGCUGAAGGACCGCAACUUUCUCAAGUCAAAUUCCCCAAGGUGUACCACCCAGAUACAUCAAGAAUUCAGGGAACAGAUUCUAGAGUGCUUCCUGACAAUACUACCUUCAUCACGCUGAGACCUGACACUACCAAAACUUAUUCCCUUCAGAGCUACAAGGUCACAAGUCAGUAUAACCUCUCCGAUCAAGCGACAACCUAUCACUAUCCCAGGUCGGAAGACGAAGUAUGUUUCCCAGUACACCUCAAAACUUUUUAG